AGACGCUCGGGCGACGGGCCGCCGUCAUGCGUCGAAUAAAUACUACAUCAAUAAAUAGAUUUUAUUUAGCUGAAACUUCCGGAUGGAAAACACCUGGUCAGGUUAACGAGGAGGGGGAGACACCUGGUCAGGUUAACGAGGAGGGGGAGACACCUGGUCAGGUUAACGAGGAGGGGGAGACACCUGGUCAGGUUAACGAGGAGGGGGAGACACCUGGUCAGGUUAACGAGGAGGGGGAGACACCUGUCAGGUUAACGAGGAGGGGGAGACACCUGGUCAGGUUAACGAGGAGGGGGAGACACCUGGUCAGGUUAACGAGGAGGGGGAGACACCUGGUCAGGUUAACGAGGAGGGGGAGACACCUGGUCAGGUUAACGAGGAGGGGGAGACACCUGGUCAGAUUAACGAGGAGGGGGAGACACCUGGUCAGGUUAACGAGGAGGGGGAGACACCUGGUCAGGUUAACGAGGAGGGGGAGACACCUGGUCAGGUUAACGAGGAGGGGGAGACACCUGGUCAGGUUAACGAGGAGGGGGAGACACCUGGUCAGGUUAACGAGGAGGGGGAGACACCUGGUCAGGUUAACGAGGAGGGGGAGACACCUGGUCAGGUUAACGAGGAGGGGGAGACACCUGGUCAGGUUAACGAGGAGAGGGAGACACCUGGUCAGGUUAACGAGGAGGGGGAGACACCUGGUCAGGUUAACGAGGAGAGGGAGACACCUGGUCAGGUUAACGAGGAGGGGGAGACACCUGGUCAGGUUAACGAGGAGAGGGAGAGAGAUUACAGGUAAAUCAGAGCGGAGGUUUAACCACAGAAGAAUCGUUAAGGUCACAUGUUCUAUAUAUUUUUCAGAAAUUAAAGACUUGUUGGUUUUUUUUGUGCAAUUUAAAAAAUGCUUCGAGGGAAAAACGAUUGAAACUGAAAUGAAAUAUUUUUUGCAACAAAAACUAAUUUGUGACCAAUUUUUGUUUUGUUUGCAAAUUUGUUUCCGAAGACACGAGAUGAACCCCGUACUUACAGCAGCUUUACAUUUGUUCAAAAGGCGGCGUUACACUUUAGAAAGUCGCAGAGAAGUAUUAAUAAAAGGUGCUCGAUCGGUGAGGAGGUUUUUCAAUCUGUGCAGAAACUCAGUGACGUGAGAAAGUGAAGACGAAGAGGUUAGCAACAUU